GCUGGCCGUGGGGCUGGCAGCUGGGCUGGCCGUAGGGCUGGCCGUGGGGCUGGCAGUCGGGCUGGCCGUGGGUCUGGCCAUGGGGCUGGCCGCGGGGCUGGCAGUCGGGCCGGCCGCGGGGCUGGCCGUCGGGCUGGCUGCGCGGCUGUCCGGGCUGGCCGUGGGGCCGGCAGUCGGGUUGGCAGUCGGGCUGGCUGCAGGGCUGGCCGCAGGGCUGGCCGUGGGGCUGGCCGCGGCCCGCCGCGGGGCUGGCAGUCGGGCUGGCCACGGGGCGGGCCGUCGGGCUGGCCAUAUUGGGCGGGCCGUGGAGCUGGCAGCCGCCCAAGCCGUGGGGCUGGCAGUCGGGCUGGCCGCGAGGCUGGUCGCCAGGCUGGCCGUGAGGCUGGUCGCCAAGCUGGCUGCGGGGCUGGCAGUUAGGGUGGCCGUCGGACUGGCCGCGGGGCGGGCAGUCGGGCUGACCGUGGGCCUGGCAGUCGGGCUGGCCGUCGGGCUGGCCGUGGGGCUGGCAGUCGGGCUGGCCGUGGGGCUGGCCGUGGGGCUGGCCGCGGGGCGGGCAGUCGGGCAGGCCAAAGGGCUGGCCGUGGGGCAGGCUGGGCUGGCCGUGGAAAAUGCUCCCAAGGCUGGCAGUCAGGCCGUGGGGCUGGCAGUCGGGCUGGCCGUCGGACUGGCCGUGGGGCUGACCGUCGGGCUGGCUGUGGGGCUGGCAGUCGGGUUGGCCGUGGGGCUGGCCGUGGGGCUGGCCGCAGGGCUGGUCGUUGGGCUGCGGGGGCGGGCCGUGGAUCUCGAGCUGGCAGUCGGGUCGGCCGUGGGGCUGGCCGUGGGGCCGGCAGUCGGGCUGGCCGUAGAGCUGGCCGUGGGGCCGGCCGCGGGGCUGGCAGUCGGGCUGGCCACGGGGCGGGCCAACGGGCUGGCCGCCAAGCGGGCCGUGAGGCGGGCAGCCGGGCAGGCCGUGGGGCUGACCGUCAGGCUGGCUGUGGGGCUGGCAGCCGGGCAGGUCGUGGGGCAGGCAGUCGGGCUGGCCGCAAGGCUGGCCGUCGGGCUCGCCGCGGGGCGGGCCGUGGGGCGGGUCGCGCGCCGCCGCAGUGGCGCCAGCCAUAUCGCGCCCUCCGCCGCCGCCGCCGCCGCCGCGGGCGAGGAGCCGGCAGCAGCAGCGGCAGCGGUGGCAGCGGCGGCGGCGGAGACGGCGGCCAUCCCAGCCCCAGCCAAGGCUGGGGCCAGCGCCAGGGCGGCCGUGGCACCAGCAGCGGCGGCCGCCGCCGGCGGCCCACGCGAGGAGGCCGCGGCGGCCGCCGCCGGCGGCCCACGCGGCGAGCAGAGAAGGGGCGGCGGCGGCGGGGGCGCACGGGGCCGCCAGCAGGUCCGCCGGCGCCGACGGCGCCGGCGCCGGCAGCGGCCCGGCGCCGCGGGGGCCGUGCUGGGGAGCGGCCACCACGCCGGCGGCGCCGGAGGAGGCCGAGCUGCAGCCGCCGCGGCCGCGGCGUCGGCCGCCGCGCGAGCGGCCGCAGCAGGCGGCCGCAGCGCCAGCGGCCGCGGCGCGGCAGCGGCUCGCCCAGGGCGGCCGCGCGGGCCACGCGGCGGCCGGCGCGGCGAGCAGCGGGCCGCGACGGCGGCAGCCGCGUCAGAGGCGGCCGCGCGCGGCAGCCGGCGCUCCGGGCCGCCGGCGCCGGCGGCCUCGGCGGGGAAGGCGGCCGACCACGCGGAGCAAGAGGCCGCGGCCGAGCGGCGCGCGGCCCCGGCGGCGCGGGUGGUGGUGGCCGGGGGCAGCGGCAGGCGGAGCGGCAGCACCGCGGCGCCGGCCAAAGCCACGCUGGGGGCGCGAGCGGCGGCCGCAC